AUGGGCGUGUGCAUGGAAUGCCGCUUGACCGUCGACGACCGAGCUCAUCGCCGCAGCUGCUUGCAAGCCGUCCAACCGGGUAUGGACCUACGGCGCGAGGCCACCGUAUCUGCCAACCCGGCGCCCGCGAUCGACUCUCGGCGGCUCGAAGUCGACCUCGCCAUCGUCGGCGGCGGGCCGGCCGGGUUGGCGGCGGCUUGCGCGGCCGUCGCCGCCGGUCGAAGGGUGGCGGUGCUCGACGAGGGCGAAGGCGGCGGUCAGAUCUGGCGCCACCGGCUGGACGCAGGCUCGCCCGCCAGAGCCGCUCCAUACUUGCAAGUCCGCGAUGCCGCGAACGUCAAAUGGUUCCCUAGAACUACCGUGACAGACGCCGUACCUGGCCACCUGUGGGCGAGCACCGAGUCAGGGGCGCUCGAGGUGAGCUACGAGUCCCUGGUGCUGGCUUGCGGCUGCCGCGAACUCUUCCUGCCCUUCCCCGGCUGGACCUUGCCUGGGGUGAUGGGCGUGGGUGGUUUGCAAGCACUGCUCAAGGCCGGGCUAGAGCCGGCCGGUCGGCCGGUGGUGAUCGCCGGUUCGGGGCCGCUGCUGCUGCCGGUGGCCGCUUUGACGACGGCCGCUGGUGCCGACCUACGACUGGUGGCCGAGCAAGCCUCGGCGGCCCGGCUGGCGCGGUUUGCCGCUGGUCUGUGGCGCUGGCCGAAAAAAUGGUCGGAGGGGCUGCGUUACCGUGGUGCCUUCCGCGGCACACCCUUCCGGACCGGGGUCUGGGUGGUGGCGGCCAAGGGCGACGAGCGGCUCGAAGAGGUAGAGCUCAGCGAUGGACGGCGGCGCUGGUCCGAACCUUGCGACCUGCUCGCCGCGGCCUAUGGCCUGGUACCCAAUCUGGAGCUGGCGCAACUCCUGGGCUGCGCCCUCGACCGGAAACGGGUCGCGGUGGAUCAGCACCUGCGCACCAGCCAGCCCGGUAUUUGGUGCGCUGGCGAAGUCACCGGAGUCGGUGGCGCCGAGCUCGCCCUGCUCGAAGGCAAAAUCGCCGGCCUGGCGGCCACCGACCAAGCAACUCCCGACCGUCUAUUGCGAAAACGCCACCGCUACCGCCGAUUUACCGCCAGCCUAGAACGAGCUUUCGCGCCACGCCCCGAGCUCCGCGACCGGCUGCUCGGCGACACCAUCGUCUGUCGGUGCGAGGACGUCACCUGGGGUGCGCUGGAGCCGGCUUGGCAGCGCCGCCAAGCGAAGCUCUACAGCCGCCUGGGCAUGGGGCCUUGCCAAGGCCGGAUCUGCGGCCCGGCAACCGACUGGCUGCUGGGCUGGCCGGCCGAUACCGUCCGCUCGCCGCUGCUGCCAACGCCGAUCUCACACUUGAUGGCCUCGUCCGACCGGAGCUCGACCAGCUGA